AUGCCGUCAUUCUUCUCCUCGCCCCGCGAGGGCAGCAGCACCGGUUCUAGUCGACUUCGGAAAACUACAAACACCAUCACCAGUGCUCGUGCCAGUACUAAUGAUGGGCUCACCACUACCCUCACAACACCGACAGCAGUCCCAGCAAUGCAGAAGCAUCGAUCUAUCCUGAAGAAGUCCAAAACAGUGGCUGCAGCAGAAGGAUCGUCACAACCGGCAGAACCCCGGAGGAGUUUCGUCUCGUUUACUAGGUCCUCAAGAGCCUCAACCAUCAGUGUAGCUAGUACAGCUACCAUCACUGCUAAAGAUAAGAAUAAGAAUAAUGCAGAUUCAAACACGAAACUCCAGCGAUCAGAGUCAUGGAAGCGCCGCUUCGGGCUCAACAACAUCCUGACGCGCGGGGGUUCAUUGACUGGCGGUGGAAAAAAUAGAACUUGCACAACCACCACCACCACGGCCACCACCACAAGCACCUCCGGUAGCACUACUGGAACAACUUCCACUACUACCACGCAGGGGAACGUUUCGAUUGGCGAUGAGAGCCGGCACCAAUCGGCUGGGGUUGGCGGGUCUGUUGGCGUUCCAGUGGCCCAGGGACAGAUCCACCACCUGCACCCCUCGAGUAAUCGCUCGUCUUCUUCUUCAGCCCGCGCUGCCGUCACACAAACCUCUUCUUCUUUAUCUGUUGUGGAGAGAUUGUCGAAACCACGUCAGAGUCAGACGACUACUAGUACAUUGAAGAGGACCCCUUCUCCUUCUUCUCUUGCUGUUGCCUCUACUACUGCCUCCUCCCGUGCUGCUGCCGCCGCUUCUUCAUCCUCGUCGAGACUGCCGUUCGGAAGUGCAAGAAGGUCCACCACGGCUGCCACUGCUGCGACAAAUAAUAAUAAUAGUAAUAAAAAGAGCCCGUCAAGACUUGUCGUGCACGGUAAAGGCGCACUACUACCGCCUGUUGUUGCUGCACCGCCAUUGGAAUUCUCAUUGCCUUUGUUGGAUACGGGGAUUAUAGAUCUUGCUCCUGCUCAGACUACCACAGUUCAGGAUACCACAUUUCAGGAUACUCUAAUUCGUCGGGAUACUGCAAUUCGUCGGGAUACUACAGUUCAGGAUACCACAGUUCAGGAUACCACAGUUCAGGAUACUCUGAUUCGUCGGGAUACUGCAAUUCGUCCGGAUACUACAAUUCGUCGGGAUACUACACUUCAGGAUACCACAGUUCAGAAUACUGCUCAGAAAGAAAUAGUUCAGAACACAACAGUCCAGAAUACUACAGUUCAGACGCAGCAGAAAGUAGAAGAGGAGAAGAAGAACAAUAGCACGACAUCGGAACCACUUGCCGCUGCAACAAAUACAAGUGAAGAAGAAGAAAUGCCAACAGCCACCACCACUGUUACCGCCACUACGACCAUGAUGACAAGAACAAUGCCGCCCAUUAUCCCCGACACCCUCACCGUUGACACGCAGCACCCCGCCAUGGCAACCGCAAGUGCAAAAUUCACUUCCAGGACCUCAUCACUCCCGCAGUCUGCACCAACCACCAGACCCUCCCACAUUGACCUCAGCAAACCCGCCACGGAACUUAGCACCCAGCUAUCAUACUACAUCACGCCCACCAGCACCCCCUCCCCGGAAACAACCACAACGGCAGCACCAGUCCCGCCCUCCGUGAUGCGUCCGGGCCCAUCCACGCCCCCUCUCACCGAAGACUCCACCUCCUCCAAGUCUUCAACACAGCUCUCUAUUCGCACCAAUACCGAGCCCUACAGCCGCGGCCCACCAACCCCCGCCUCGUCAUCCGCCUCAUCUACCAAUAUCCUCCCCGCCGGUAAACGUGUCAACUUUGUCGACCCCGCCUCCAGCACACCCGCACCACCCCGCCAACGCCCCACCAGCUUCCAGCGCCCACCACAACGCCCGCCAAGCCCAAUUCACAUGCCAGCCCCGGAUCUGUCGAAACACACAUGGGCACCACUACACACGAUACAGUUCGACUGCGCGGUGGACCACACGUGGGCACCAUUUAGGAACAAGCAGCAUAGUAUCCUAUGUGCCGUGUGCCGCGCCAUGGAGUUUGAAGGCCGUGGGGUCCCCGUGAACAGGAGCUACUACUGCACAUGGUGUGCAGUAAGGCUAUGUGGUGGGUGCAAGGACGCGCUGGACAACUGUGAGGGUGGGCUAAGGGAGCUAUGGGAGAAGAUGGAUGAGACCCGGGUAGAGAACAUGAUCGCCGUGAAGGAAGGACGGGGUAUGGAGAGUAGCAGGGCGGUAGUCAAGGUAGAGAAGGAGAAGGAGGUAGCGGCAGCGGCACCAGCAGAACCAAAAAGGCUCACAGCUGAUGACCGAAGGAGUACCGCUCCCCCGCAGGUGCAGGGACAACGAAGACUAGCCAUUGAGGCCGCACCGCCACCCCCCCCACCACCACAAACACAGCGAACAUCCUCGGUGCCGCCCCCGCAGCGGAUAAAUACGAAAUCCCCGCGCCCAACGCAACCCCCGCAAUCGCAGGCUCGCCCGCAGCCAGCAAGACCGCGACAGGCAAGUAGCAAUGUCGUCCCCCAACCGCGUCAGCAAUCGCGGACACCACAGCCGCGACCACAAUCGCGGACGCCACCACCGCGUCAACAGUCAAGAACACCACCGUCACAUUCACAAUCACGGACACCGCAGCCUCGGUCAUCACCGCAGUCCCGGUCAUCGCCGCAAUUGGUCUCUACAAAUACUACAAAACCACAGCUCUCAGAGACAAGAGAGCGCUACCGCAUCACCCCCGUUGAGAGCGAGAGCAAGCCUGCAACGGUUGUGCUGGUGGAGAAGCAGAAGGCAUCAAGUAUAGUGGCGGCCAGCUUGAAGGAAAAGAAGAAGGGCUGGUUCAGGGGCUUUGGUAAAAAGUAG